AUGGAGUUGGCUAGUCUUCAGGCUUAUCUUGACACUCUACUAGCUCCACCUAAGACUGAGCCUGAGUCGGCACCCACAAAAUCGGUUGAUGAUACGAUGUUAGAUGCACUUUCAGAGAUGCUAUGCCACCACCUUCUUCUUCCUGUCAUGCUGGGAAGCGGCCCCAUUCUAGUAAUACUUCUGAUCACACUUAGGCUGGGAGAGCUCGCAAGAGGGAGCGCCAGGAGCUCUAGCACUACUGAGGAUCCAGAGAGUUUUGUCGAGGAACUGAAAAAUGUAUUUGAGGUUAUGCACAUUGCCGAUGCUGAGAAACUAGAACUAGCUGCAUAUCGACUGAAGAAUGUUCCUAGGACUUGGUUUGACCAAGAUGGUUGCGGAUAUGAGAAGCAGGAUGAGUCUUUUUGUUGCUGGGCUGUCCCAUCUGUCAAGCAAAGAGGGCAAGGCAACCAUGUUGAUUGGGGACGUGGAUGUACCAAGGUUGAUGGUAAAUGUCGUGAUGGCUCCAAAGGUUGUUACAAGUGUGGACAAGAGGAUCACUUCAUGAAAGAGUGCCCUAAGAAUAGGCAAAGUAAUGGGAAUCAGGGUAAUAGGGCCCAAUCAGUUGCUCCACCAGAUAGGGUUGCACCUAGACGAGCUACUUCCGAUACUGGCGAAGGAGCAAACCGCCUUUAUGCAAUCACUAGUCGUCAAGUGUAA